CAUUUCAUUCCUCUUCUCAUUCCGAGCAUUCUUCGCAUCUCUGUCAGUGCGCGAAGCGAUUCACCUACACCUUCCUGGCUGGCCCAGAAACAUCAGAAUAACUUGACAUAGUAUUCAAAAUACCCAGUAACAUUACAUUACCAAAAGAAAGGGGCAUUUUUAUAUGAGAUAUCAAUUACGAGUUGGCUCAGCCGGGAGUUGUUGGAGAUUUCACCGGAGCAUUUUCGGACCACCUCGAAGAAGAAAACACUGUGGCGAGACUUGUUGCUUCAACGCGUUUGACGGUGCUUUUUCGAAUCGUCAUCUAAGUUUUGUGUCUCUCCCUAGUCUGCUCCAAGCUUCAGCUUGGAGAGCUCAACCGCCACAAUUGAUCCCAGUAGCUGGAGCGGCAGCGAGAGCCCUGCCGAGGACAUGGAGAGGAUGAGCGACUCGGCAGACAAGCCUGUGGACAAUGAUGCAGAGGGGGUGUGGAGCCCUGACAUUGAACAGAGCUUCCAGGAGGCCCUGGCCAUCUAUCCUCCUUGUGGGCGCAGGAAAAUCAUCCUCUCUGAUGAGGGAAAGAUGUAUGGUCGAAAUGAGCUGAUAGCGAGAUACAUCAAGCUCCGGACCGGCAAGACGAGGACGAGAAAGCAGGUGUCUAGUCACAUACAGGUCUUAGCAAGAAAGAAAGUUCGAGAAAUCCAAGCUGCCAUUAAGGUACGUCUGGCUUUGCCCAGUUGCAGGGGGCUUUUCAUUGCCAUGGUUACAGGCUCUUCCUUUGUUUUCCUCCCCUCCCCUACUCCGCAGGUGUCUAGUCACAUUCAGGUUCUUGCCAGAAGGAAAUCUCGUGAGUUUCAGUCCAAGCUAAAGGUUACAAAUAUGGACCAAGCCGUGAAGGACAAAGCCCUCCAGAGCAUGGCCUCCAUGUCCUCGGCUCAGAUCGUCUCUGCCACGGCUAUUCACAACAAGCUCGGCCUGCCAGGCAUCCCUCGCCCAGCCUUCCCUGGAGCAGGGUUAUGGCAGGGUAUGAUUUCGGCUGGUCAGCCAGGAUCAUCACAAGAUAUUAAGCCUUUCACCCAGCAACCCUAUCCCAUCCAACCAGCAGUCACGACAGCAAUUUCAAGUUUCGAGCCCACAGCAGCUCCAGCACCCACGGCGCCAGCAUGGCAGGGCCGCUCCAUUGGUACAUCUAAACUCAGACUGGUGGAGUUCUCUGCCUUCCUAGAGCAGCAGAGAGACCCAGACUCUUACAACAAACACCUGUUUGUGCACAUCGGGCAGACGAAUCAUUCCUACAGUGACGCCCUGCUGGAGUCGGUGGACAUUCGUCAGAUCUACGAUAAAUUUCCAGAAAAGAAAGGCGGACUGAAGGAGCUGUAUGCAAAAGGCCCCCAGAAUUCCUUCUUCCUUAUAAAAUUCUGGGCUGACUUAAACUGCAACAUUCAAGAUGAUACCGGAUCUUUCUAUGGCGUCACCAGUCAGUAUGAGAGUCCAGAGAACAUGACCAUCACAUGUUCGACAAAAGUUUGCUCCUUUGGCAAGCAGGUUGUGGAGAAAGUCGAGACUGAAUAUGCACGCUUUGAAAAUGGACGUUUUGUCUACCGGAUAAGUCGAUCCCCCAUGUGUGAAUACAUGAUCAACUUCAUCCAUAAGCUAAAACAUCUGCCGGAGAAGUAUAUGAUGAACAGUGUGCUGGAGAACUUCACUAUCUUAUUGGUGGUGACAAACAGGGACACCCAGGAGACGUUGCUAUGUAUGGCGUGCGUGUUUGAAGUUUCGAACAGUGAGCACGGCGCGCAGCAUCACAUCUACAGACUGGUGAAGGAAUGAAUCCGCUUGGAGCUCCUCCUUCUCAUAGACUUACCAACCUCAAAACAAAAGUGGCAGUGCCUCUACACGAAAGUCAUACCUACAACGCUCUUUGGUCAAGGUAUCGGGUGGAGUCGUUGUUAUAAAUCCGUUUUAAUAUAAGUGUUUGUUAUUUGACUGCAGCUGUGAAUUGCGGUACAGUUGUUUUAAUGUUUGAAUAUGGGAAUUUUAAAUAUGUUGGUCUCUGUCGGGUAUAAAUGUGGCCAUCCUUAAAGAGUUUCCUGGAUGUGUUUGGUAAAUGAAAAUGUGUGUGUCGUUUUUUUCUGCUUUGUUAAUGUAGACUAAGGAAAAAAAAAAAAGACAAAAGGACAUGGGCCUUUUUUUGUUUUUCUAUCAGCGGCAUGGUUGCAGUCUGUGUAAUAUGUUUGAGGCUGUUUUGUACGUCUGUACUUCAUGAUUUGUGAGCAUACAUACUGUAGAUACGCAGACAUGAAAACACACACAGCUGUUAAACUUUCCAAAGAAACAGAACAACACUAUACGUGCAGUGGCCGAAAGCAGGUGGUUGCCAAUGUUGCGAAAUUACUACAUAAGAACGUCAACAACUGAGCUUUCGGCAAUAUUUAUCCCUGUUGAAGCACUCCCAAGUUUUAGACACCAGAAUGAAUGCACUGUGAAAACACUACAGUUUGCCUGCAUCCGCUCCAUAAAUGUAGGAUGUAGUCUCACCGCCUGCUAAGCAUUUCAGCGCUGCAAACAAAUCUUUUCUCUGACAAUGGGCAGGAGAAUUUUUUUUUAUUAUUUUUUUUAAAUAGGUGAGAGUCCUGCUAAAAUGACUCUAAUCGGACUUGUAUCUGGUCAGAAAGCACUUUGUUUCCCUUCCUGUGCUUGCCUUAGUGAUGCUUGCGUUUAUUCUGUUAAUUCUGCGCUUUAAAAAACUGUUUAACCUAUCGAGACACUACAAAAUCAUAGACAGCAAUGCGUCGUUCAGCAUGCUGUGGCUUUGCCCCCCACCCAACACUCUGGGAUCGCCGCGUGAUAACUCCAAGCCAGAGUGUUGCUGCCUUCAUGGUCACACUAUGUUCACGUUUCUGUGGCCUACGCUGAUUGCCGAGCCUUAAACACGUACAAACUGUAUGUAAACUCCAAAAGAUGCCACUAAAACUGUGAUCUCUACAUUGUGUUUGUGUUGUGUAAAAUAAAUGAAUGACGACAACAACAACAACAACAACAAAAAAAAUCACAAUUCAAAUCUGCCAAAGCCUAAGUGUACAGUGCCUUAGAGUAUACUCAUUAUCCCGCAUUUACCCUGUUUUCUAAGUCUAAAAUUAGUUUUGUGUGAGACGGGCAGAAAUAACUUACAGAUGUAUUAUUUGGUACAUCUUCACAUCUCAGAAAUCACGGUUCUCGAAAUUGGUACACUCCUAGAAAUACAGUUUUCGUUGUUGCUGGGUUUUUUUGUUUUUUAAAGAGGCAGUACACUUAUAUUCAAUUAUGUUUGCAAAUUUAAGCUCAGAAAAAGGUUAUUUUUCCUGUAACGCUGUAAUAUGUUCCUAAAAUAUCAGCCUUUCUUUUUUUCCUUCCUUCUCUAAGAGUGUACUAUAAAAAGACUGACUGCCUUUCCUGUCGCAGAAGACCAAAAAUACAGAGAUGCAGUCAAUUAUUGUUGUGUCCUGCAUGGUAGCAAGGAAGUGCCUUUGGUUCAGAUUUUCCAGCUUAAAAAAAAAGAUCAAACAGAAAUUAUAAAUUUAAUGUUGCCAGACCAAAAAAAAGAAGAAGAAGAAAAAAAACCAAGACAUAAGUGAAACAAAUCACCACAUUGCCUUUCAAAGGACUGUAAUGACAGCAGGGGAACAUGGUUACUAAGGAGAAGAAAUAAAUGAUAUUCAUUUUUAUUACAUUGUAAAUUGAUUUCUCAAACCCAACUAUUUCUUCGCUUGAGGUUAAAGAUAUUGUGUAAUAUUGAACGGCCACUGACUGCAUGCAGGAUGUCAACAGAAAAACACUGAAGCUGUCUGCUUCGUGCACACUUGCAGGCUCAAGUGCUUUUUUUUGUUUGUUUGUUUUUUAAACGAGGCUUUUUUGGAAGCAUUAUGGUUUCACAAUGUCACAGCUGUGAUGGCGAAAAGGCAGGGACCGACACGAGCUUUUAUCCAUUAGAACAAAAAAAAAAAGAAAAAGAAAAAAUAAUGUUUAUUUAAUAUUAAUUCUACAGUACAGACUCUAAAAAUGAAACUUAAGAUUGUUUUACGUGUUUAAAUCUGUAUACUUUCAUUGUAAGGAUCAUAAUUACUCAAAACAUUUACUAUUUCUUACAGAAAUUAUAAUCAUCUUAAAGUAGUUUAAUCAACAAAGCUCUAAAUAAUUGCAGACAAUGUCUUGGGGUGGGGGGGUGCAGAUAAAGUUAAAUGAUUCAGUAUUUUUGCCGCAGUUCUGUGAAUACUGUGGACUUUAUUUUUCUUUUAUGUUUACCUUGUGUAUCUGUUCACAUUUAUCGAUUACAGUUAGAUGUUCCUGUUUUCUUAUUGUACUUGUAUACAGUCGUACCCGGUUUUGUGAUGACAUUAUCUGUAAUAUUGCGAGCCCAGUGAGAUGGUAAGGAUGUUACUGCUGCACUGCUGGUACAUUUUUACAUUUUAACACUAAAACAGCAGGACUGAUGCCUUUGAUGGCACGAAUGUCUGGUGGACUCUUUGCCCCGGAAAGUGGACGCGCCAAGUCAAGGAAUCGCGGCUACAAGCAUAUCAGCUUUUGCUAAGAGUAGGUACUGGUACCUGGCUUUAAAGUGAUUCUUGACAUAUAGCUCAUGAAAUGUAAACUGUCAUUUACAUAUUUGGGUUUUGUGUGCAGAUUUUUUUUCAGCCCCCCCUUUGUAAAAAGGUGCUUUCUAUAAAAUUAUAUCUUGGCUUUUCUUGGUACAGAUGUGUGAUCUCUUUUCAUAUCCAUCACAGUAAAGUGUUGGAGCAAAGGAGAGAAAAGAAGCUCUGCUCUGUUUGUGUUCUGCAUAUGGUCUUGUCUUUGCUCCGUAACAUUAUGAUGCCUUCUUGACAAUAGUAGAUAUUUUGUAGCUUUCUAGAUACUUUGUAUGUACGCAAUAUUGAAGUUAAAUAAAUCUGAAAAAGAUUG